UUUUCGAAAUGUGAGAUAUCUCUAAAGAUUCUCGUGUGACUGUUAAAGCGAAUAGAAUGUGUGAAAAGAAUUACGCAAUACGAGAAACAUUGUACGGUUAUGAUAACAACAAACGCAUCGGGUAAUCUGUGUGUCUUCUCGCAACACGUCUCUCGAUAAAGAUAACGUUUGAAAAGUUCGUUGUCAAGGUUUGAAGAUCAAUAGAAGAUGUAAAAACACGAAGCAAUAAGAUGCCGAUACGCGAGUGACUCUAUCGAUAGAGCUCGGUAUGUUUCCUAGAAAAUGUACAUCGGUGUACAUUUAAUCAUCAAUGAUGCAUUAGUGGAAUUUGUAGAACUAUUUUAUUGUACCUUCAGAAUUUACGUACGUUCGUAGAUAAGAGUGCGAGAUUAGAAGUCGGACGUUAAAAGAGUUUGAUAUUCGUGGAAGGUAUUAGCAGAAAACAAUUUCGCCACAAUUUUCUCGAAGAAAUAGAUUCAGGAACACGUGCACGCUAUACUAAAGUCACGUGUCGGCAUUACACUUUUAUCGUCACUAUUUACCCGUGCUCUCGAAUGAUCAGAGAAAGAAAAAAAAAAAAAAAAUUCGAACCUAGCCAAGGUGCCGUGUGUUUAUAUCCACUCCUUGUUGAUCGUUUACGGAGAUACUCGUAAAUGCGACUGAUAACCGAGUUGCACGAUAUCAAUCGACAAUUUCCAUGGUCUUUUCCUCGAACCGUGCUACGCGAUCGAUCGAUAAAUAAUUUCCCGGUAAACAUCGAGACUAGGCUUGCAUUAGAACCUUGACAUUGGACGGUCUUAAAUAAUAUCUGCAUUUCAUCCCCAACGGAAAAGGCCCGAUCGUAAAUUAUCGUUCGAUGACGAAUGUCGAAGCGACGUUUGAAAAGACGAAAAUAACAAGGCUGGUAGUGAAUUUUGAAGGUGAAUCGUGGCCCAUAGGUGACACGAAGAAGACUCAGGAUCCAGGCAUGAGUCACAAGGAGGCCCCUUCUGUCAACGCGUGCCUCGAUAUGCGUGCGGACACGCAUUCACUCCGGAAAGCACGUGAUUCAUCGGGCGCACAAUCGUCCAAUCUGCAUUAACAACGUGCCUCGUGAUUCCGAAUCCGCUUUUCCAAUCCCCUUGUGCCCUUCGUUCAUUCCCGUUUUCUCGUUACGCGCUCUCCUCCGUCCAGGUAUACCCAUAUUGUGUAAAGGCGUCCCGUUACGCGCGGAUUACCGUCGCGCCCGUGGAAAUGUAAAGGAACACCGUAGGUAAACGAUAUUCAUGGUUCGAGGGUAAUUGAGGUAGUUCUUGUUUCGGUUGUUCGCACACGGAUUCAAUCGGAACAGUUGUUGUAUCAUGAACAUCCUGUGUACGAUUCUUACGAAUGCAAUAACACGCGUGUAGGAUGUAACGUGGAUAAAAAACACGGCUAGUUUACAGAUGAUACGAAAGUAUAACGUUACGCAGAUUACACGUGCCACACGAUUCAUAAUCCCUGACCUCUCUUCUUGUAUCGCCAUUACCUCCCGCAACCAAAACAUCCUCUCGUUAUCAGCCAGAGUAUCGUUUAACCCUCGGACGGGGUGGCGGACCAUGGAGAGAGUCCCGAUUUUCGAAACUUCGCACAUGUUCCUCUAAAAAAAUGAUUCUUCCACUUUGUUCAACUCUUCCAAAUUAUUCGUACAAUUAAUCCGCGUUGCAUAAAUCAUCAAAGCAACGAAUUAAGAUUGAAUUACCUUGUAAAUUGAUCAAUUAAGGUAUCAUUAACGUGGCGCGAACAAAUCUUGCAACGUUACGCUCGUUCUCUUCCUGCAACAAUCUCGAGUGACUCGAUGGGAUCAGCAUUCUCGAAGACAUCCUACACAGCAAGAUCGAGCGAUAAGAAAAGGAACAAUCGCGAGAUGGGACGGCUCGUAUCCUUGUCGACUCGCGACGUAUAUACACGUCUAUGUCUAUAUAAUUUCGAUGUGUUAUCACUUAAUACGUAAGGGGGGAAGGGUACGCGUGUACACAUCAUCUCCGAUGCAACCGGCACAGUGUCUCGUUGCCACGUGCUAAAAUAACUCAGCAGUCGAGUUUGCAUAUGCUUACAGUCGGUAUCAAAAGUAUAUCUCGCGGUAUCUCGAUACAGAGGACAACACAGAAGAGCGUUUAAGGCGCGUUCAUAAUAUCAGAUCCCAUGAACCUUCGUGGCGGUCACGUAAACGCGGAUACUGCUCGUAUCUGCCGGGUGAUCAGCCAUUUCCAUGGUGUCAUCAACGAGAUAUCCCAUGGCCAUGAAGUUUCUUUAUAGUCGAACGGCGUUUCCACCUAAAACUGGUAGUCCACAACAGUUGGACGGGGGAAAAAGAAAAAGAGAAAAGAAAGAAAUGGUGCACGUCAUGUAACGUUCAGCGGUCUGAAGCUUUAUGGGAUUUAUGGGGUGGGGUGUAGCAAGACCCGUUUAAUAGCUCUAGUUCUCCUGCAAGAUGACUGCCUCGCAUGUAACCCCGUGCACUAUUUCGAAAGAAGUCAGCCUUUUGUCCGUCAACGCUGCGCAACAAUUUUCUUUUCAUCUUGGACCUGCUUCUCUUUUCUUUUUAAAUUUCUUUAUUUUUUUCGUUACAUUCUCUGCAGUGUCUAAAAUGUUGUUAGGUGUAAAUUCGAAGGUUGAAACGAUCCCCUGACCAAUGUUAAUCGUAGCCUUUGCCCUGGAACCUGUUGAAAAGUCGCAUCGUCAGGUAUCUGUCGCUAUUGGAAUGUCACAGCUGGUGUCAGGAGCCGUGUUACAGGUAGGGUUACACGUGCUCGUUAUUCGACUUCUGUUCACGGUAUUCAGAAAUCAUCAUUCGAAGAGUUUAAUCACGCAUCGAUUUAAAAAGAAUCCUAAUUUUCCACUUAUGGACGAAAUAUUGACAAAUUCAGAAGGAAAAAAAAUGAUUACACAACUCAUUGUAUCUUCUGCAACGAGAAACUUUCAUUUCUUCCAAAUGGAAUAAAAAUAAAAAAACGUUUCACCAAUUGCAAGGAGUGAUGCAGAGCACGAAGAACGUCUAAUUGCAAAAACCAUCGCUCUUCUGUAACGAUAAUUGCAUAAGUUUUUCGAUUUCCAUUCGAACAGUUGAAAAAGGUUUACACGGUUUCCUUAUGGCCUUCGUGGAACGCUAUUUUCCAUACGUUUUUCACCGUUAUCGCCUUUCCCAUCUAAAUCCAACGGCUAAUUCCUGACUUUCUGCAUCAGAAGGUUUUCAGCAUCUGAUAGGUUGCGUACGUAUCUUCGUUACAUAUCGAAAUGAACAAUUAUUGAAAGAUUUCGUAUGAUCGCUGACAGCCCACGGAAAUUCACCGCUAUUUUUUUUUCGUAAUAUUUUACAAGUAUCGUCGAGAAACUUUAGCUAGCUUCCACUCUCCGCAAAUUAUUCCUCCCUCCACCCUCGGGAUUCCGUCGAGAUCGUUAUCCGUAAUAAAAAUCCGCGAGCAAGAUGAAAUCGGUGAAAGCGAGCAACGAAGAGGGAAGUGGAGAUUGUGGAUUCGAUAUCACUUGAACGUAACAUUUUUCUUUUCUUUUUUUUUUUUUUCUUUUCUUUUCUAAUUCGACCACAGGAAAAUGCGUUACGAUUCAAUCGAAGCGUAUCGAUAAAAGUCUGCGUAAAAUCGAUAGAAAAUUCCGAAACUACGAGAUGAAUCAUCGAAGCGUUUAAGGCUCCGGAUGAUGGUUGCUAAUGAUCAUUUCAACGUAACGAAGCGACAUGAAUUAUUAAAGAGCACGGAUUAUUUAUCUGUCUGGCUUUGCCGAAAUGCUUCCCGAUAGAACGAGACGAACCGUGUAUCUUUAAAGGAACGAAACGCGUGUAGAACUUGGUGGCCGUCUCUCUUUUCCGCAAUAACUAGCUCGCUCGCUCACGAAAUUCAUUUCACGGUUCUUAAUUAUUUUUAAUUAUCAUUGACCAGGCCCGUUCGCUCUAACGAUCCAACGUCGAACCAUUCUUUUUCUCUGUUCGUUGCGGUAGCGUUACACGCGCCUAGAAUCAAGCCAGACGUGCGAACCCGUGAAACGAGCCUCUGUCAACUGAUCCAAGCUCGUAGAACAGGAUCCAGGAAGUCUGUCUGGUGAUGAAACGUGAUUUUUUUUUUAGCGGAGUUCCGUGGGUCAGGAAAGCGUUAAGUUUCUUAUAAAACUAAGUUAGAUGUUGAACCAGUGGAACGUUUGAUUUGUCGAAGAAUGGAUUACAUUUUUCCUGUAGGUAUUAACGACGAUCCUUGGCAGAGUUGUUUCAAUUUUUCUAUUUCCCAAUUAGUCCUCGCAUUAUUCUCCCCUGUAGAUACUAAGAAUCCGUCCGGACGGUACUUCCCAAUCCUUAUUAAUUCCAAUCGAAGUGGUCAAUAACCAAUUGCAAAACAUUUGAAGGGAAGAAGUAAAACCUGAUGGUUAUUUGAAAUGCAAUUUUCACUGUUCUGAAUCUCCGAUCGAUCGAGUUGUUUACUUCUCGGUCGUUACGCGUGGGCCACAACGACGUGGUUACUUAAUUGGUUCAACACGGGAAAUGCAGAAAAUUGUCGGAUUACGAAGGGGAUAGGCGAAUCGAUGCGUGCUCGCGUUUUCGAAAGUGACUUUUCGAAAUCGACUGCUCUAAGAUCGGAGUUGAAGAUCUGAAUUCACUUCUUCGGGUAUCGAACAGGUCAGUGAACGUAAUAACACGCACAGUGGGGCAAUUAGAUAAAAUCACAUUUUAUUGAAAUGAUCUAUCAUUUCAUUGAAUUAUGUAUGAAUCUCGUAACAUUUCGAAGGAUAACAAAAUAAUUGUACACCUGGAAGGUUUUAGUUUUAGAAAUUGCAUUUUCGAAGAAAAAUCUGGAAGACUUAAUUUCUCAGUAUUUCUCUAUUCGGCAAAGGAACUCGUCGUGAUUUAUUUCCGCGGAUGGUACGCCAACAACUCGCUCGUAAUCCGUUCGCAACGGCCACGAAUCCGCAAUUGUCCAGGUCGGAUUACGUAAAACUGGACGCGUUUAUUGCACAGCGAACUUUUGCUAAUUAGCGCGGGAGAAACCGGCGGUCAGCCAGCCGAGAUAGACGCUCACACGAUUCUAUUUUGCCAGCGUGGUGUUGCGUAGGUGAGUGUGCGUUAGAACGCGAACGCGGAUACGAUGUUCGCUGGCAUGGCGCCUUGUAAUCCUUGCAAAUUGCUUGCCUCUCGACAAUCAGAUUUUACAAAUUAAUUUCCUAAUCGUAUCGCAUACCUACUCUUUGCAAAAAUUAAAUGCAACUAAUCGAAGUGUAUUUUGCUCCAGUUUAUCCAAUACUUUCUUUUUAUUUCUAUUUGUAAGACAUACUAGAUUUACUCCAGAUUUUUCUUUGGAAAAUGAAAGUUUUUCUUUCGAAAAAUUUCCUUAGAAAAUGAAAUUCGAUUCGAUCGAGAGGAAACAGGAAAAGCUCGGAAGACGAGGAAGUUACACUAACUCGUGUUCAAGCUGGUGAAGGCUCGCGUUAUGCUUUCGAUCGCACGAUAAGAGGGAAUCACGUGCUCCAAAAAGAGACGAAGAAAGAGGAAAUCCUCGGAGGCGAAUCUCUUCCGCCUUCUUAAAUAUCCACCGACAUAAUUCAUACGAAAUCGAAAUAUCUUUUAUUAUUUUACGCUUUAUGAGGAAAAUAAUUCAUCGUUAUAAUCAAUGUUAUCUGAACAGGACUAAUUAAAAAUCCCCGUCAUUUAUAAUUACCUCGAAUAUCCUAAUCUAUAACUGUGUUAUUAUUUACCUCGAGCUGCUGCUCGAGACGAGUUAACUCGUGUUUUCUCACUUUUUCUUCAUUAUGCAUAUAGAAAGGAAAUAUUUUCCCUUUCGAGAUCUGGUUAAUUGACCGACAAUCUCGACGCAUCUCUUGCGUUUAGGUAUUAUUUCUCCUCUUGGAGAAUGGCUCUCGUUAUUUCGAAAAUUCAUUUUUCUAUGAAAAAUUCGAAGAAGAAUUUCCUUGAUCGAAUAAAUCAGAGCGUUCGCGCGUCAAUUAGAAGGGGAAGCGUCCGCGUUUUUCGGAUUCGGCCUCCUCGCUUCCGGUAAGGAAAAGAAAACGUGGCUCUGAUUUAUCCUCUAGCAGCCAGCUCAUUUCACUCUCUCGACUUCUUUAAAGCGUUUUACAUUCGGAUUCUCGCUGCUCGUUAAUCACAGCGGAAAGGCAACGCGCUUCGACUCGCCUUCAUUACCUAUCUACCUGUACACAAACGAAAAAACAUUCUAUUAUCGAUAAUCGUAAAUAAAAAUUCUCCUUUUUUUAGAUAAAUAAAAUUUCCAAGCAUUAUUUAUCCAAGAAUCUGACGAAUAUUUUCCGGAAAAACUGGCAAACAUGAAUUGCAAUUUAAAGUUCUAAUUACAUAGUAACCGUAGACUGAUCGUGUUAGUCAUUGCCCGUCGUUCCAGUAAGAUUCACUCCAUAUCUGUCGACUCUGUUUCGCGUUUUUCACAGUGAGUCAACUACGGCUGACGUUAAGCUUCAUUUUAUCUUGUUUCGCGUUUGCUCAUUACGAGAAACAACCUGAAAAUUCAGCGUUGAACGAGCUACGUUACCACGUGUCGUCGUCACCGGCGCGUAUCCUCCAACAUGCUUAGAUAACGUUGUAAUCUUAUUUGCUUCCCGGUUGAUCCCCGACAGAUUAAAGCGACAAUGUUUCGCGGAAAUCGGAUGCUUCGCAUGGGACCAAAAUGAGAGAUGAAACGCGUAAUCACGAUCAAGACUAAUUCGGUAAAGAAAGUCUUACAGUCGUCCGUAAUUUAAAGCGAAACACCUUUCAGUUUCAACUAAGAACUCGUCGUACUCGCGUUUCUCAUCGCCGUUGAAAAGGAGCAAUUUGUAAGCGUUUCGCAAGACGAGCCGGCAGAAAAUGGGCUUUUAAGCGUCUCUGGUCCCACGCCAUGAAGAUCUGACACCGGACCCGCAAAACGGCCAACUUACCUACGUGAUUACGCGCGUACGUGCGACGCGAUGUGUCGAGCGGUAACACGCGUCCACACGCUCGACAAUAGAACGUGCUACGUGUACUUCAGCCUUCUCUCUGACCGGCAAAUUAACCGUGAUCUCGUUCAUUCCCUCUGCGAAAAAUUAACGAAAUUCCGAUGUUUUUUUUUAAAUUUAUUUUUUCGACAGUCAACGAGACUCGAGCAACGAAAUGAACUCUCUGUAUCCGUGAGUUAGUUGAACCCGUGUGCCUUUGGUCGUCGUCGUUGCACUUGACCUCUCAUCUUUCGACGAGCCUUUCUGUCCCUGUUUGGGACACACUCUGGACUCUCCGGAACGGAGCAGGUUCCGGACAAUGGCACCGACGUUCAACACGUGCCGUUCGGCCACUCCGUACCGUUUUCCGUUGCCCGGUUCCUUCUUCUCCCGAUCGUUUCCUCGUCCGCGAGCAGAGAAGCGUCGUAGAAGGAAACGACGUAUCGUGCAUGGCAAGUCGAUGAAUCGAGAGGUAAUCGAAGAGGAGAUCGAUAAAUUCAAAAAUGGAAGCCAGAUUUCUCUCGAAAGCGAACGGGGAAUACUAAGUAAACGAUCAAAUCCAAUCCCAAUUUCUUUUCACCCCUUCGGUAUCCAAAUUUUGGAGAACCUUGUAUCACUCGAACAACAUCCCUGGUUAGUUAAAAUGGUCCUCCUUACUCCACCUCCUGAUCCCGUUACACUUCGAGGCUAGGGUUUACGUUUAUGGUGUUACCUGCAACAGUAAAACCGUGUGGCCGGCAUUCAGUGUUGAUUUGAAAUCUCUUAGGCGACAGCUAUUCGCACGCUAAGAAAUCUUUCCAAGAUAUUCGUCGACCUGGCCAGCUUAAGUUUUACAACUCGAAGCUUCUUUUCGUUUCUUCUAUAUUCCAUGCGAUUAAGUGGAAUACAGAUUUCAUACGAUAUCCCCGAUUUACAGAAGGUUUUCGAUCCUCGGCACGGUCGAAAAAUCGUUCGAACCGGAAAGUGAGAAGAGUAUUCUCGUUUCACACGAGCACAUCGAACGAAAUGAGGCCAGCUUUCGACAAUUUCGUGGCGUGCCCGUUGAAUCGCAGCUGUUCCGUCGUUCUUCGUCGUUUCUCCUCUUCUCACGAAGCUGACGAGAAGGAAAUGAUGCCCCUCGCAUAACAAAACCGACGGUACCCGCUCUUCCAGCCGCUCUUUUCCUCGAGUUGUAACGUGUAACGCGUAACUUAUUACGUAAUGGCCGAUCGCGUGGAGUCGCGUUCCGUUUCGACGUCGAUGCCUCGACGUGUUUGUUCAGUUUCUAUUAGAGAAAUUCCACCUUAUUCGUUCGCUUCCACGAUACUUUAUGAUUCUGUUCCCUCUUUGAAACGAUAUCUGAUAACAUCGUCGAGUGAUCCAUAUCAAAACAUAGAAAGUUUGACACGAUUCGAUGGCUUCCAUUUGUUUCUUCCUUGAAAUAAUUAAUCGUUCAAUUAAACCUUUAGCCACAAAUUGAUACGGUACGAGUGCUAUUUAGCGAUACUUCAUCGAAUCGUGUCCGGAUUUCGGAAACUGUGUACUCAGGAAUCUUGCUCUCGAUUGACGAUGCGUUCCUUCUUCCCCGUCGUUUCUCGAAGAGACUCACGAUAGAAGAAGGAAAUGACAGCCCUUGCAUAACAAAAUGACGAUACGUCAGAGCGUAGCACCGUUGCUUUCCUCCAGCGACGUGUGACACGCAUUACGCGACAGAUUCCUUGCACUUGCGCACGCCUGGAAAAAGGAUUCGAGAAGUGUUCAAAAGCGGGAACGAUUCUCUACUAGAAUCUCUAUUCUCUUUAAUUUUAUAGAAUUAUACUUAUUUUAUCUCACCUUUCUAUGCCUAUAUUAUUAGGGUAACGAACUAUAAAAUUAAAUUCACCUUUUCGGUGAGGCAUGUUCCUUAGGAAUUUGCUUACGAACGGAAUUGUCGAUCAUUUCCAGACUAAACAAAAGACCAACAGAAGUAUAGAUCUUUAUUCGCAAAUUCAUGAAAUACACGUUCGCACACAUAGGCAGACGAGCUUAACGCGCGCCGUUGCUAUGGAAGAGGUAUUUCGAAAUUGCGCAAAACUCGUCUCGUGUGACAACACAGAAACGGGACGCUUGUUAUUGACUCAUCGAUCAGAUCCAAUUGGCUUAAGACUCUCCACCAAUCUUUCCGUGAAAUAUUUCAAUCGAUUCUUGUACAGUCAGCCAUCGAUAACAGGUAAUUAUCUCGAUGUGCCUUUUACUGGAGAUUCAACGAGGAACAGUCGAAUUAACUUUUGUAAAAAUUUGUAUAAUCGUACGAUUAAAUGAGUUAUUUGAUCAUUCUGAUAUACUUCUGACUGUCAGAAUCCAGUGACAAUCUACCGAGAUAUCUAGAAGGAUCGUUUUCAAGGCUCGAAAAGUCUCGCAUCGCCGAUUGAUUUCGCCCCGUCUGCGGAAUAAGAGAAACGCGACGUUCCUGAAGACGGUGCCCGGCAAAAUCUGCCGGGUACAGAGUUUCGCGGUGACGCUCGCUUCCAGCUAAAACGGUAUCGCGAUCUCAUCGAUUUUUAUUCCACAUUCCUUGUCACAUAAGCGAAUUCCAUCGAACCGUCCGGGUCUUGGUCGUUUCCGAUUCGUCGGCAUUGCUCUGGAGCAUCUUGAAAGACGAGGCAAAGCUGGAGGCGCGAGAAACGCAAGAUCAACGUCAUUUGAUACUAGCAAAGUCGAGAUCUUUACUUCUGCAAUUCGUCCGAGUAUAUUAGUAGAUUUCUCUUAUAUAUCACCUCCCACGCGACAGACCUUGAUACACGUGUAGCAGCUACCGUUGCUUAGAAAUAUUAACUCUUCUAACUUUUACACCGCUUCGCUGUUCAAUGAUUAAAGAUGAAAUAAUUCUUUGAGAAUAAAAAAGAUAAGAAAGGAAAAGAAAGGAAGGAAAGAGCCUUACGGAAACGCAAGUUGGACAGAAAGUUUGUCCAGGAAAUCGUAUGCGAUCAAUGACCCCUCAUUGUUGCAAACGAUCACUGACUUGCAUCCCAAAUGGCCAUAAAGAACCACGAAUUUUCAAUCAUUCUCUUCCUUCCUUUUCUUCACGCUCUUAACGCGGCUUGAAUGAUACGAAGUUAAAUUAACAAUCGAAUGCGUUAAGGGAAGUUCAAUAUCCGAAUCGUUAACGAUAGCUUUUUAAUUAAAAGCUCGUGUUACGAACAAACAGAAGAGGUAUCGUUCAAGAUCGACUAGAAAAUUGCUCGAUUGAAUAAUACGUACAAGAAUGUACCUAAUUACGAUAAAAGAGAUCGCGAUUGCAAAAUGGAAUGCUAUUAUUAAGUUGGUUUAUUUGUAUUUCGCGGGUAGAUUGGCUCGUUAGUCGUGCGAUCGCAUAAGCCAGAUAACCGUGGCUAAUAGUUUUCCAGCUAGGAGGAUGCACGCGAACCUUACAAGAAACAUCCGCAAAUUUUAUCUGGACGUCCAUUACCGUGACGUUUCCCGUGAACGAUACACGUUAACAAUAAGAAUCACCGAUUAAACGCGAACUGAUCUACUCUCCUCGCUAAUCUAACCGUGGCCGUACGUUUCUCGGAACGGUUGUUUCCAUCUUUUGUCAACAUUUGUCGCGAUGAUAACGUUUGAUGGCUGAUUAACAGCGAGGAGAGCCAGACGUGCCGGACUCUCGUUCGAUACUUAACAAUAUUUUGAAAGUAAUGAUUCUACAGUAACAGUAUUAGAAUUUCAAAGGGAAGGAUAAGAAGUCAUUAGACUCGUCUACACAAUCUUUCCUCGCAAAUACCGGGAGAAUGAAAUUGUCCUGGCUGAAGAAGGAAAUCUCGAUAAUUUGAUCGUACAGUCCAGUGUACCGCUUCCUGUUACGCUCAUCGUCCUCGUCGUCGAUUUUCUUCGUCUUCUCAGAGGCCACUUUCGGACGUGGCAUAACUAAACGUACAGCCUCGUGCAGCAGACCGAGAAGAUGUAAUAAUUCUUUGCGCUCAUGCGAGUUGCUCGCGCUUGAAACUCGGCUUCUGCUCCCGGGAGAUCUGUUCACGGUAUAGUAGCCGCGGAAACGUGGUCUCCUCUUUAAACUAGGAUAUUCAGUUUCGAAUUUUCAAACGGAUAAUAUGGAUUUUUACCGAUAAAAAGAAACCACGUGUCAGGUGUUUUUUCGAGUUCUAUAUCAUAUCAAAAUUACAUCGAGUUCGGUGUGAAUCAGCUGAGCGAUGACUUCCGCGAGAUUGAAAAUUUCGAUUCGGGGAAUUUUAGACGGAAUUUGAACGUUAUAGAAUUUCUUAUUUUUUAAAUCGUGGAAUGAAACUUUCGUACAGAAUAGUGAAAUUAUUAUAAAGCAAUUAACGAAUCUUUUCGAUACCAAUUGAUGAUUAUUCGAUAGCGAAGGAAUCGAGGAUCGUGUACGACACGGCAGGUUCUAUAUCCGCUCGUCCGGUUACUUACGAUUAGACGCAGCAUCUGCGUGGCCUCCUCUCGCCACCUGUGUACACGAACAGCAUUAUCUUCUCCCGCGAAAGAACACGGCUUUGUCAUCCGCUCGACAAACUCGUAACUCAGUAUAUGUAUAUCUUCGACGUAUCUUUCUCAUACGACGUGGAAGAUGCGACUGUUUGCACCGUCGUCGCGACCUGGCUGCAGAUGAGCAGGACGGAAUAUUCCGCUUCCAAAAUUUUCUUCCUCCGACUCGGCUUUUCGAUGAAUUCGAUUCGAUUGAAUUCGAAAUUUUGCAGUCCCUGGUUAGAUUUCUACACGGGGACGUUUGAAUUAAAAAUAAGAUCGCGAAACCCGGGGUGUUCGAAAUUAAUCCCAACAGAGUUACCAGCUUAAAUAAAUAACGAUAAUAAUUUGAGAAAAUAAUUAGAAUAAUUCGAAUUUGUAUCGAAUUCGAUAAAUUUAAGAAGCCUUCCUCUAACAAAACAUAUCUGAAAAAUGAGAUAAAAGUUUCAACCAAAAUCCACGUAACUGUUCACGAGCUGCGCAAAUCGCUGUUCGUCAGGGGAACAAAAAAAAUUCCAUCCGUUCUCUCCGAGGCUUUAUCAAAGCUCACGGUAUCGAUAUCGAAUCCGUUGAUCGAAAUCUGCACACGGAUGAAACUGGAGAUUCGGUAUCAGUCGCGGAAGAUGUGUUCAAUUCGCCUUAAUGGUACGAUAAAGCCAGUUCAACCUUAGCACGCGCUACAAUUUUCGUAUACAUUCCCGGUGAUCGAGAAUUUUUAUAAAUCAGAAAGAUCUAUACCAACGAUAAGUAACAAAGGAUAAAGAACAUAUAUCGGUAGAGUUAGACACCUGAUCUGAACACGAUAAUGUUAAUAAAGAAGAAAAGAGAUGGUAAUUUGUAAAUAAAGCAAAUCGUUGGAUGAUAAGUCGAUUCGACUCGCUCGACGACCGAGUGGAUCACAGAUGUGCAAACAAGAAGAACGUCGCCGAUGAUUGGAGGCCGAAGAACCAGAGGAUCUUAUAAACAUCCGUGGUUGAUUUUUCGUAUUUCAUGGAAGUUUACUCGGGAAACAACGAGCAGCUCGAUGUUGAUGAAUCGUUUCUUCUUAAACUCGUCUGAUCGAGGAGUUCGAUUGAAAUCGAAGAUCUUGGAUCACGUAGACGUAUUCCGUGACACUUGUGGAUUUUAUCACCCGCUAUCGAAGCCUCGAUAAAAUUAUUUCUGAGCUGCUCACCUCGUCGCGAAUCGUAUUUAUCGUUACUCUGAAUUAUUUUCCAGACUCGCGACUUCGUCUACCGGAAGUAUUAGUUUGAUCAAUUAAUUCCGUAAUCGAACCGCGAUCCAGGAAGAAAUGAAAAAUUUGCGAAUUCACAAACUUCGCUAGAAUUCUUCGUUAUAGGAAACUGGUUUUCAAAGAAAAAUGACUCUCGGAAUAUUACCACCUAUACAUACAAUUAACGUAAAAGAGCCGCGAUCCCAUUGUACCGACAGAAUUAACUUAACCCACUUUUAGACCUUACCACUUGUUAGUCGCAGUGUUAAUUAAAACAUCGAUCGAACCGUUUUACCCACUUACUCGUGUGCAUUACGUGGCUAAUCUCGAGAGAACAUCUCCAGCGAUCUAUCAAAAAUAAAUGAAUCGUUAUUAACAUGUACAAGGAUCUUUUAAAAAAUUCAAUUCUCAUCAGAGGAUGGUAAUCUGUACGCCCAAGUGUCUUAAUUGAAAAUUUACACAGUAUUUACCGAAUGUAAAAAGCUCGAAAUGACAAAUAUUUAUUAUCCUUCGCAAAGUUUAAUUAUUUUCUUAGUUACACCAUGAAUUCUCGUAGCUACAGAACACACCUGUACCAUUCUCUCUUUAUAUUUUUAUCUCUUUCUUUCACCCACCCAAGGAGUAUAUGUAAAAGAAGCAAGGAAGUAUAUUUCUAUAGGCGCCACGUCGUUUCAGAAGGUUUCCUGUUAGAGCUGCGAUAAUAGCUUCCCUCGUCUCUACAACAGAUUUCUAAAACCGAUACAUCUACAGGGACGUUGAUUGUUCAAACUUCUCCAAUUGAUCAUUUUUUUUUUUUUUAUCGCUCCACAAUUACUUAUUGUAAAACCUCGUUAAUCCAUCGUUCACGUCGUUCUGCUAACAAUAAAAUUCAUGCAAAUCCUCCUUUCCAUGUGCCUCUGUGAACCCAUAAGCAGCUCCUUUCACCGUUCACCCUUUCGUGGUAACGUUACAUGAAAAUCGGGUGUGUUUUUCCCUUCGGAAAACUGGUACGAUUAAUCAAACUUCCUUUCUCCUUUAUUAUAUCCUCGAUCGUUUGACUUUCCAUGACGGAUGCGUGUACAUUUGUGAGGUUUUCAUUCGAAAGCAAUAAGUAUCCGGUUUCAGAUAAUGAAAAUAAAGAAAGCACCCGUUGCACAACUAUUUCUCUCAGUAUCGAAACGAGUUGAUCAAUUAAUCGAAUGCACAUUGCCACGAGGAUUUCCAUAUUUCCAUAUUACAAUGUAAACAGCUUUCACGGUGCAGAGCGAACUGCGCGUUCUCACGUGGAAUAAUACCGCGUCGGUCUAGCGUCGAAACAAUAAAAAAAAAAUCUAUUCGAUGAAUACAAACUAAUCUUGGUGCACGCAGCACCAAGGUGCGUUCGUUCGUUGGGAGGCUGCAUCGCGCACGUGGGAGACAGGUAGCUCGCUUCCGGUCGCUAGAGACCAUUGUACGGAGCACACCGAGUCAACGCGUUGCAACCACGCACCUUCCUCUUCGCACACUCUGCUCCUCUUCUGCCACGCAAGUUGAUCUUACAAAGGAAUCGAGAAAUAAUUGAAAAAUUUCAAAAUCAUCGAAAGGUAGGAAGAGAGGAAGUCUCGAAUAUCGAGGGCAACGAAGAACUUUGCGCGUGAUCACGAAGGAAGCUGCGGAUCGCACGUUAUAUUACGUGCUGCAACACGUACGCGUGUAAUAUUGAAUCUUCGAAGGUAUCGUGCGGUGGGUCUGCGCAUUUCGUGCAUCCCGUAUAAUGGUCUCCGGCCGCGGCGACCGGAAGUGAACUACCUGUCUCCCACGUGUGCGAUGCAGCCAGCCUCCCAACGUGAUGCAACGCAACACGGCCUGAGGUCGUGCGUGCACGCUGCAUCGUACACGAGGACAAAAGCAACUAUGAGUCGCGGUCUUCGUUAUUCUUCGACCUCGAAAUAAUAUUAACCCUCAACUAAGAAAAUCAUUUAUCCGGAGGAUGGUGAUCGAUCCUUAGCUCAAAUUUCGAGAAACGAAAGUAUCUCGAUGAAACCUGUGCAAGGAAGUAUCUCCAUUCAGCCGAGUGGAUGCAGGCGAAACCAUACGGGAGAAAGCAGUGCAUACCAUCUGUUCGAUACGACUUCCUUCACGAAAAUAUUUCCACUCCUCGCGAGCGCAUCGUAAAUUUUAUAUACCGACUUUUAAAGUAGAGAAUACUUGUGACAAAAGUGUCUCUUCUAUCGCGAUGCCUGAAGAAUAGGUAGAUGAGAUUCCAAAGGAUCGAGCGAGGUACAUGAAAGACGAAGAAAAAGGAGACGUUCUACAGGAAGGAAUCUUCUCGCUGGCUUCGAUGUCGGUGAAUAAAAACCCACGAAGAGACACGCGAGAAGAAGAAGAGAAGUGAAACGGACCAAUGGCCGCUUCUCAUUCGUAAUUCAAACAACGUCUCGUUCACAGAUGAAUGAGACUUCGGCAACACGGGAAGCAUAAAAAGCUCGCGAGACGAUCUGUAACCUGCUCCUCAUCUACGUGGAGGUGCGUUCAAAUACGUCCUUCUCGAUUCUCUUCCCUUCGAAAAUCAAACUUUUAACUAAAAUUCGAAUCUUCGAAAUUCAUCGAUCUUCUCCCAUGGAAAAAGCGAAGGAAAAUAAUUGGAAAAGGAAAGCAAAGGGUGUCUCGCGUGCGUGUUGCACAUUAACGACACACAUGCUGGAAAGUCGCAACCCCAUGGUAGGUGGUUGAUGAGCAUAUAAUGGCGCAGGGAGGCUGAAGGGCGGCUUUCAGGGCGAGGCUAGACAGGUACUUAUAUUUACACAAGCCGCACGGACAUCUGUUGUGUACAGGUAGUAUGGGUACACAUGAAAGCACACAUACACGGAUAUAUGCUUUCCGUCAAAUCACACAUGUCAGAGCUUUAAAACGUUCCUUUAAGUCUAGGAGGGAAUAUCGGUAUAAUUUAUUGUAAUUUAAUAAUGAAAAGAGGCAAAAUUUUCUUUCUUUGAAAUCUGCCACUUUGAAGGAUUGCUAGGUAUAUUAGAAACGAACGAUAUUUUUGCUUGGUUGCAUCGGACUGGUCGACUCGUUGUAACGACGUUGCUUCCAAUUGCUGGUCAUAUUCUAACGGAUAACCUACAUUCGCGUCGAACUGAUACGCUCAUGGCCGUGUCCACGUGGAUUAGCCAGGGUCCCUUUCGUAUGCAACUUUCGUCGCUUCUUUUCCUCGUACACCUCUUUAUUCGCGUGUAUCUCUCUACCACACGAGAAUCUAUCGCGUCUGUAUACUCGGUCAGAUAUGGUACGUAAAUACCACGUACGUAAGUAAGUGGGUCUCGUACCGUUGUCUCGCGUUUCAGUCAAACGACCCGAAGGGGAAUCAUAGAAUUGUCCGCGAAUAAAAGUUUCUCGAACAGGUAUAUACCUGCUUGGUGUCCCAUCGUCCAUUCAGACGAUUCUAAUUUUGACUGAUUUAUUGACGUUUCCCUUUUUCUUUUUUGUCUCGACUCUUGUUCGUUUCCUCGAAUGUGCUUUCAAUGGCUAAUAGGCGAUCGACGGUUCAGAAAGCGUUCCCGAUGACGGAGCCUGUUGAAACGAGUCUCGAAUUUUGGUUCGUUCGAUUAUUUUAUUUGCUGGCCAAGUUUCGAAAAGUGCUCUCGAUUUUUUUUUUUGCCAAAGAUAAACACACCCGUGAAAUUCGUAUCGAGACAUUUUUCAGAAUUCUUUGUACAAAUAAGGGGACGGGUAAUGGCAAAUAUUGGACAGUGAUUUCAUGAUUUAAAGCAGUGAUGCUGAGGACUAUCGUGCUAUCAAUAUUUCUAUUUCCAUUUAUGGAAAUCGUUAAUCUUAUUCGGUUUAGAAAAUAUCUAUAGUAUUGAUAAAAUAUUAGGAACGUUAAUCCGUUACUGCUGAAUAUGUCGAGGGUAAUCGCUGAUAAGGAAUAGAAUUUAUAGAGCAAGGUAUUAAAGUAUUACCCGGCUGAAAUUGGCGAUCGUUUAAUGGUAACGUUACCUUUCGAGUCUACCCAUUUUUCGUCGAUAUUUCGUUCAGAGAAAGGAGAAGUUUCUGGGUAGCGUUCGAUUUUUAUCAGUGACGAGACUUUGACCUAAUCCCGGACCGGAUGGACCAACGGUGACAUCACCGUUCAAACAUGGGCGAGGAGAAGCAAACAAGAGCGAUCUAAUCGCGUGCGUCACUUAUCAGCUUCGAAGCUGAAAGAGAAGUUAUUGACGAUGCAGCAUCACUCUGCUGAUUCCAGGACUUUCCUGUGGGAACAGCUUAUCAACGAGGCCCACCACGUGAACGUCCGCAUCGGAUCGGCUCGGCCACGAGACCACGCGGUCGCCAUCGACAGGUUUCCGUCCCGGAAACCGUGGUCGACCAGCUCCGACCUUCCCUUCUCUCUUCCUCUUUCGAUUCCUCUCUGACUAACACUCGAUUCGCUUGAAACUGGGAACAAGAGAAAAUCGAUAGCUCGUCUUUUUCUUUCUGUAAAACUUUAUUUCGAAAACCAUUCACUAUCGUUCCGGUCGACGAGAAAUCGUCUGGAAAAUUCCCAAUCGUAAUAAUGCAACAAUUCCUAUAGAAAUAACCCUCGGAUUCUUAUACCUAAGCCAUUAAGGGUAUCUCCUCUCUAAUCGCGACCCUUUAAGCUGUAAACGGCGACUUUCGUUCGCUAAUCUCGAAGAGUUUCCUAAACGAAGCUCGGCAAUUAGUCUCGCAGUACAAUCUCAGAAACGUCUAUCGGUAACGGCAUCGGGAUUUCAAUUUUCCAAUGUUCCAUUUGCGAUGAGAAUUAUCAAAAACUUUCGAUGUGACACAAGUACCAUAUAAAACACCUUGUCAUUGUAAUUAUCAUAAUCUUUCGUCAAUUAUUUGAUUUCCUUAUCUGUUGUGUGUCUCGUCUUAAUUAGCUUGACUCGCAAACAAACGUUGCACGGGGUACCAUUAAAUUUUGAUGAAAUUCUCUUAGUGUAGUUGAGAAAAAUCACGAACGUACCGAAGAUUCAAGGGGAAGAAGCGACGUCGAGACGUCUAGGUGGUGCCAUAAUGUCAUCAGCAUCGUCUGGGAGACGUCAUUAGCCAUUCGAAGAUCGGCCAUUGGUUAGCCGUUUCGGGAACCUUCCUUUAUGGCGUGCUAAUAACGCGAUUGCGGAUUAAGCAGCUUUUCACUGACUUAUUCAACGAGGCUCGUUGGCCAGAAACUUGUUAAUCCCUUUUAUUACGAAGGUCGUUUUACACCGAUCCAACCCCUGGAACAAGGGAAUGGGUACCACAGAGUUUCCCAGAAUCGCGAUUCUCCAGUUAACAAUAUUUGCAAAUGGAAAUUUUCUCGUGUACCGCUUUUAAAAAAUUUGUCGACUAUGAUAUAAUAUUUGGAAAGAUAAUUGGACCACGCGUUUGAAGGGACAGCAAAGAGAGAAAUUAACAGACUCGCUCGUUUUUGCAAAUAUUAUCAUUCGAAGAUCUUAAACUCCGCUCGAUAACAGUUAUUUGCUUUUCAGACCUCUUGUUUUAUUCAUUUUCGCAAAUACUAUCAUUCGAAGGAUUUUGUAUAUUUGCAGAAUGAAAGACGGUAAUCCUUCAUUUUAAUUGUUCCUGCAAACAUUGUCAUUCAUGUGAUUUGUCUUACAAAAGUUUAACCCUCAUCUUGGAACACUUGUGCCACGGUAAUCAGUCGAAUGAAAUAUAAAUUCCAAGGAAUUUGAAUGGCAGAACAGCGUGUCCCAUCUUUCUGGAAUUCUCCUCGACUUGAUUGCGUACCAAUAUUCCUGUCGUUAUGCCUAGAAUCGCUCAGGUAUGGAGACAGGUAUGACCGAGUCCCUUGGUUAAUUCCACGUGAAAGGCAAGCCGCGUUGAACGCGUAAAUUAUACACAGCGUUACCGUUUCCCCAAAUAAUACCUCCUUUGUGUUUUAUUUUCUCGCACGACCAUCCCUUGCAAAUCCUUUUGUUAUUGUUAAAAACAAUAUUGUAACGCGACGAUCAAGCGCGAGUUACUCAGUUUCUGAGUUUCGCUCGAGAAACUUACGAUUAAUAAUGAUUCAAUUUUCGAAGUCACUGACUCGGAAGCGAACCUUCUCGCUUUCAGGUAGAAGAGGAAACGGUUAAAAGUCAACUACCAUCCUGAUCUUUUCCUUUUUUUCUUCCGGGAUUCAGUUUGACUUCCGACAGGUCCAGGCGCGAGAUAUAAAUGACGAGGGUAGCUUCUUUCUCCACCCCUUUUCUUUUUACCUCCAGGUCACGAUGGACCAUCUGGACAUCGCGGUCAAUCUCUUUACCCUUCGUUUUUAUAUAAUGAACGAUACUUGACGAAAUCGUCUCAGGUAAGCGAUAUUAACAUACGGCCAGCCUGGACACCUCUCGGAAUACGUUACGGGGUAGUUGCUCGUUGUUUCGUCCGAUGGUCCUAAUGUCUCGGGGUACAAUAAUACCCGGAGUUAACUAUUGUCCUGCAUUAUUUUAUUGGGUCCAAAGAUGCGGCUGUUUGACCAACAGACUUCGAAGAUUACGUGCUUUUUGUCCGGGGCCUCAGGUAUAGGAUCUCGGGAUUUUACGGUGGCUCGAAAGGGGUUGAGGAAAGGGGGUGGCUGGUUUAAGUUCUAACGAUUAACCCGUAUAAGCACAACGGAAUUUUAUUCUUUGUACAUUUCUAAUUUUUCCUAUAUUUUAUACAUAUUAAUUUGAAACAUGAAAGUUAGGUGGUAAAACCGCUUAAUUCUCUGAAACAGUUCGCUGAGUAUUGUAGUUAUUGCGUGAUUGAAUUCUCGUUACUUCUCUGACUGGCGACGUAUUUACCGAAUAACGACAAUAAUUGCAAUAAAUGUAAUGAAGGUAUACCAUUAUACCGUGUAGGUCCCGCAAACGAACCACUUUAACCAACGCCUUUUAUUGCUGCAAUAAUUGUUCACCUUAAUUUAUUGCCUGUCAAAGACUACUUCUCCAGACUGCAGACUGUACUAGAGUCUCUAAUACACAAGGCGACGAACAUUAUUACCAAAAUUACCAACUGAUCCCUUUCUAUUCAGCCCGUUGUAAAUACGUAUCUCCGUGCGGGCAAAUAAGAAUUUGGUAAACCCUUUAAAAUGACAAAGUCCAAGGGUUCCUUCCUUCGAACAUCGUCCUGUACCUGUAAUAAGAGAGGGCACCGUAAUAAUUGUCGUCUUUCAAGUCAAAUCGCUACUUUCCAUAGGAAUAUUUGGACCAGAUAAUUUAUUUCACCGCAAACGUUGUCUGUACAUAGUAUAGAUUUUGUGUAAUAAUUAUUACUUAAUUAUUAUUCAUCGAGGAAAGGUAGCCGAUGAUUAUGAAAAUUGAUCAAUUUUCACGGCUGAUUUUAUAUUCGCCAUUAUUCUAAACGAGCUGACGCAAAAGCACGAGCAAGUACAUUAUCUAACGAAACUUUAAUGCUCGGUCAUCCAUCCAAUGACGGUGACCUUGCACCUUAUCGACGCUGACUAUCGUCGUAAUUUUCGCGAUUCGAGGCUAGUGCAAGAUUCGCUAUUUCUAUGAAAAGAAUCCCCUUGUUUCUUUUUUUAUUUCCAACUUUGCCUUUGAUGAAUCCAUCCAUCGACCACGUAUCAGGGGUUCUCUUAGUUAAAUCGUGACAUUUCUUUUCCUUCCGAAAGUAAGGAAGGGGAAUUGUAAUCGACUGAUUCGAAGCUACUGCUCCAAAUUCUCUGACUCGUUUUCAAAUAUCCGCUCGGUUCGCACGGCCACCCCCGUGGCCGUUUUACGUAAUUCCCGUUGCAUCGCACGGGGAACGGGUGCAUCGGUGCACCGUUGGACGGCUCGCGGAUGCGCGGGACCGAUCGAAAGGGGGAAGCGUAUCGGAUCCAAAGGAUCGCGCCUAUCCUCCCGCUUGGCAUGACGAGGCGGGUGUUCGCGCGCGCCUGCGAUCACGUACACAUCGAACCGAACGGAGCCGAAGGUGCACGGGCGGCCGCGGGUGCGCGCGACCGCGACCGACGCUGUUACACGACGUUGGCAUAGGUACAGAUUGGCAUCGGGUGGGGAUAGAUAGAGCGGAGAGAAAGAGAAAGGCCAUCGCCCAAGUGCGGCGAGAGGGGAUGAUAGAAGCGUGGGAGGGGUGGCAACAGCAGGAGCCGAGAAAAACGAUCAGAAUCGAAAACAGAGACAACCGAAUGCAACGAGGAUGACCUGAAAUUUUAUGUAUGUGUAAGGGGGAAGUAAUAAAGGGGUUGCAACUUUCAGAUCUGAUACGAUAAAAAUAUAUUUCAGAUCAACUAUUUUUCCCCCAAAUCUUACAUGAACGCAUACAUUAAGCGUAACAUUUAUCAAACUCGUCUCUUCUACCCGUGAACACAUACAGAGAAACCGGACAUACGCUUCUCCGGUAGAGAACACGUAGGAGCACGAUGCAGCCAGGCGGGAGAAGUUUGAGUCGAAUGGUGGGGAUGACCGCAAGAGACUCGCGAGAGAAAAAGAAGAUAGAGCGACGAAGGAGCGGUGAGGAUAGAGUAGGAUAGAAGGAAGGGAGAGUGGUACCCGGAGGAGAUCCACGGGAGUAGCCGAGCGCCACGGCAGAAGGGUGUACGACAGGAAAAAGGGGAAUAGGAAGCGGUGAAGAGGUUGAAGGGUAGCCUGGUAGUGGGAGAGGCAAGGCACGGCACGCACCGUAGGUCUCUCCGGAGAGUCGAGAGGGAGGGAGGGAGAGAACAGGUAGGAGGGAUGAUGAGGCUCGGGCGCAGGCUGGAGAGAAAUUGUCAGAAGCACCGUGUCACUUGUCCGUGGUGAGUCGGCCCGUCGUGACCUCAGCUGGACCUGGCUUUUGCGUGUGCUUCCCCACCGCGUCGCAUCCUUCUUCUCUCUCGUGGGAGCCGUGGUAGAGGUGUCCAGCGACCCCUUCGAAUUCCCACCGGUCCUUUUACUCGUCCAUGAUCCUUCGUCGAGCGAGCACGCAUGGAUGCGACGCGUCGAACCAGUGCUCCAAUCGACACGGUGAUGGUGACCGUUCCGAGGGAAGUGUAGCAAGAUAUAUCGAGCCACGGAGGCUGACCCUCGAAGGACUGAUCCCUUGGAAGAAGCAACCAAUUUGUUUCUUACGAUACUUUUAUUUAACUGUUUGUGCGACGUUCCGAUGCGAGUUUCGUAGAAAACAGUGAGAAAUCGAGAGAUUGACCGGUCCGCGAGUGAGACCCCGAUGACGAAAGCUCGUGUUAAGUGCAGAAUCUAUGGAUAUUAAGUGCCGGGACCUAAUUAGCUACUCCAUGAGUGUACCACGACGCUGACGAGGGAAGCAUGGAUUGCUCGACGAAAGUUACCGUCAAGAGCGGAUCCGAUCAGGGACACGAGAGCGAAACGCAAGCUGAUGCUGCAUCGUCUCCGUCGAGCGUGGAGCUGCCAGAAAGCGCGCAUCCUUGUCCUGCCUGUCCCACGAUCCUGCCGAGUUGCAGGGAGCUGACGAACCAUCUUCGUGGCCACAAUUCGCCCCGCAGCACCGAUUGCAGCGGCGAAGAGGACUAUUGCUGCGGAGUGUGCAACAAGGUGCUCAGCUCGGCUAGUUCCCUGGACAGGCACGUGUUGGUGCAUUCCGGGGAACGGCCGUUCAAGUGCAAAUACUGCGAAAUGGCGUUCACGACGAACGGUAACAUGAACAGACACCUGAGAACGGCGCACAGAGGCGCGUCGUUGAACAGCUGCACCGAUUCAGAGGGUAGCAGCGACUCGGAGAAGCCCACGAAGAGAAAGCACAUGGAGGAGUACAACAACAACGAGAUCACUAAGAGGAACUCGCCUGACAUCAUCGACAGAGAAGAGAGAUCGCCGAGUUUGGCCACUAAAAGAAAGUGCACCGACUAUCUGAGCGAUAACGAGAACCAGAAGAGGCACAAGAUCUUGAUGAACAAUUCAAGGACCGAGAUCAAGUCGUCGCCAGACGAUAACCAGAACGUUUACAAUUGUCCUGUAUGUGGUAGACAGGACUUUGCCACGAGUGCACUCCUGGAGGCGCAUCUCGAACGAAGUCACCCGGAAUUCCCCGCGAAAUGCGACUCCUGCAAUCUGUCGUUCAAGAACCACCGGGUGCUGAACCUGCACCGGUUCAUGAUCCAUUUCGCGGAUCACUCGAUCGGAAAUACAGCGAGGAAUCUGAGGAACUCGGUGGUAGGCUUCAACGAUCUGACUUUCGUGGAUUUCUCGUCGGACAAGUUCCCGGCGAUCGCCAGGGCGAUGUGCGAACAGUCUCUGCACAGACCAGCCUCGGGAGAGGUGGCCAAGUUUCAAUGUUCCAAGUGUCUGCGAGCAUUCCCCUGUAGGUCUGCUCUAGAUGCCCACGAAAUCGAUUGCGGCACGACCAACUCUCACGCAAGGGUGACGGACGACAAUCAGUCCAGACGCGACAAUUUCUUCGCGGGCCUGGAUCUGCAGAACAAAGCCGCCCUGACGGAAGCGAAAGAAGGAAAGGAUCUCGCCGAUAUCCAGAGCAUCAUAUCCGUCACAUCCGGUCCUAUACUGCAAAACUUUCCUCGAUCGGACGCCAGUACUCCUGAGAAUAACAUCAAAUACACUCCCAGUUUGAAUUCGUCCGGCUCGUCUGGCGCGUUCUCGUCCGAAUAUCACGAAGAGGAAGCUCAAGACGCGUUCGCGGCCGAGUUCAGGAAGAUGAAAUUGAAGGGGGAGUUUCCCUGCAGACUCUGCUCGGCGAUAUUUCCAAAUUUAAGAGCGCUGAAGGGUCACAACAGGGCGCACAUGGGUGUAGGACCUGGCAUGCCGUACCCCUGCAACAUGUGUCCCUACACCAGCACAGACAAAGCUACCUUAGUCAGACAUCUAAGGUCUCACAACGGUGACAGACCGUACGAGUGCUCCCUUUGCAAUUACGCUUUCACCACGAAGGCGAACUGCGAACGUCACGUGAGAAACAGACACGGUAAACUGACCAGAGAGGACAUCAAAAGCGUGCUGAUCUAUCAUCCGAACGAGGACUCGACGAACGAGAACGUGGAGAGGAGCUCUCCCAGGGUGAUGAAGGACAGCGACGCGAGGAAGAGUUUAGUUUAUCCCAACGAACGUCCCGAGUUCCAGCACCAGGCUCAGGUACACUAUCCUCCGACGCCCAUGGACGUCAGGGGUGAGAUCAGGAUAAUAGAGGAGGCGAAGUUGCACAACUCGGCGAUUUCGAUGCACAAUGUGGCAGCGAAUCAUUUUGAGAAGAGCGACGCGUUCUCGAGACCCAGCCAACCGAUCGAACUGACGCAACGGAAUCUCGAGGACACGAAAUCCACCCAGGAUACCAAGUCGGACUACUCGAAGCUGGACGAGGAUCUUGAGUCGAGGUCGUCGGAAGGCAGCGUGUCUCUAGUCAGUGAUACCAAAUCAGAUUCGCACCAAAGAAUACAAGCUAGUCCGAUGAACCUGAAGAAGGGUCUUAACGUGUCAGAGAACGCUGCCGGGGAGGAUGGUCCCCUGGAUCUUUCCAUGGACGUGCUAGACCUGAGCAAGAAGUCGAAGGACAAAGACGAGAACGAUUUCGCCGCGUCGCACGAACAAUUUGGAAAGAGUCAAAAGGACUUGUACAACACCACUAGUCAGCUGCUGUUAACCGAGGCCCUAUUGAAAGCUGGACAAGGUACCUCUCAAGCAACCUCGUUGGAGGCUCUUUACGCGAACGCGAUUUACAGAAACUUCGGUACGUUCGGUGCUGGUGUCGGGGCAGGCAUUCUGCCACCGUACAUGUUCAAUCCUCACGUGUUCGGACAAGAUUUCUCGAUGAAGGAAAGGCUACAGAAGGAAUUGGUCAGAGGUCUGCAGCUGACCAGCGGAGGUACUUUGGUCGAGCCUUCGAUCGGUGCCGCGGGAUUUACAGCGUUCGCGCAGAGCAGAGAAUUAAACUCUCAUUCGGCAAGCGAACAGAACGAAUACGCGAAACUGAUCUCCGCGAAGAUGGCGAGCAAAGCUCUGUCGAAUCGCGACAAACCCGACAACAUAUCCUCUUCCAACUCGGUCAAGAUGGUGAUCAAGAACGGAGUGUUGAUGCCGAAACAAAAGCAAAGACGAUACAGAACCGAGAGACCGUUCACCUGCGAACACUGUUCCGCGAGAUUCACUCUAAGGAGCAACAUGGAGAGACAUAUUAAACAGCAACACCCGCAGCACUGGAGCCAGAGACCCAGAGGAGGUCACUCGACCAGGGGAAGGCCUCCAUCCAGUCACCCCACGUUGCUUCAGAAUCUCGGACAGCCCGCUGCUUCUCAGGCGACUCAGUCUUACACGAAAAUCCUGCCGAAAGUUGAACAACCAUCGAACUCGGACUUCGCGAAACAUCCAAUCUCCGAUCAAGUGAAGUACGCGAUUCUGGCGCAGCAGUUGAAAGCCAACAAGAUGGAAGAGAACGAUUCCGAGGAGGAGCUCGUGAUCGACGAGGAUCCCCAAGAUAAAGACGGUCAAGAAUCUCAGGAUCAGAAGGAGAAGAGUUUGCUGAGAGGGCAUUUAGAGGGUGCAGAUACUUCGAAAGACACCGUGAUGAGGGACGAGGCUGAAGAAUCCACGAAAGACGCCUCGGAGAUCGGAAACGUCGAAUCGGCGAACAACGAGAACAACGAUGCCGAAGAUGCCAAGGCGUCGGACUCUAUGUCGGAGAGACCAACUGAAAGUGAGAACUCGCAGGAUAAGACACAGAAUCGAGCGUUCAAGAUCGAAUCUACCGAUGACAAAAGUGAGAAGGCGGAAGAUGGUGUGACAGACCUUGCGAGCGUUUCUGAAUUAUUGGAUAACGCUUCUCAACAAUAUCAACAAUUCCAACCGCAAUAUCUGAGCGACGAAGAGGGACUGGUAGCCUCCCAUAGCGACUGCAAUAAUUCCGGCAGCGACGACAAGUCGGACUCGGUGAACUCGUUGAAUUCCGUCAGCAUCUCGUCGAAGAAGAAGAAGAAAAAGAAGAAGAAGAAGAAGAAAUCCGCGUACUCGAUGGCACCGAAUCGCGUCAUUUGUCCAUACUGCGAACGACCUUUUCCCUGGACAUCGUCCCUCAGGAGACACAUCCUCACGCACACGGGACAGAAGCCUUACCAGUGCAUGCACUGUUCCCUCUUAUUCACCACGAAAUCCAAUUGCGACCGUCAUUUGUUGAGAAAGCACAAGGCGAACCCGAACAAGGUACGUCGAGCCAGGAACUCUUCUUCUCCCGAUUCGCAGGCGGUCAUCAGCAACAACAACUCCUUCUCUAUGAGAAACGUGCCCGAGAGGCCGUACAAAUGCAACCAAUGCCCCAGCUCGACAUUCUCCACUCUGGGUAACUUGAAGAAGCAUCGUUCCACGAAACAUGCUCGUAAAAUGAAGUCUAGGUCCGAUACUCCGUCCAGCGAGCCGCAGAACAGCCCUCAGGAGUGCAGCAAGCAGAACAACGAGCAGACCGAUUACGACAGUCAAUCGUCCAGUGUAUCCGAAGGUAUGGAGACCUCUUCGGUGCCAGGACUUCCUAAAUCAACCUCGAACACUUCGCCGUCGACCAACGACACGUCAAGAUCGAGAAGACCAUCGCCGAGGUCAUCCCCAGGACCUAGCGACGUACCCUUCAAGUGCCACUUGUGCGACUGUGGUUUCGCAGAGCGACAGGAUUGCUUGGAACACAUCAAGGUGAAUCAUAAACGGUCGUACGAGAUGCUGGUGGCGAAAGGAGCUCUGGAUAUGGAUAUAGACACCGUGGAGGACCAGCAACAACCACCGCCUCAACAGCACACCAGCGACGGAGAGGAGAAGAGAGGACGUUUCCCGGAUUACAGUAACAGAAAGGUGGUCUGCGCUUUCUGCAUGAGGCGGUUCUGGUCCGCGGAGGAUCUCCGUCGUCACAUGAGGACGCACACAGGGGAGAGACCGUUCUCCUGCGACAUUUGCUGCAGAAGGUUCACCCUGAAGCACAGCAUGCUGCGUCACCGGAAGAAGCACGAGUCCAUCGACUCGACGAUGUACGUUGGCACCAGCGGCGACGAGGAGAACUCGCCCACCCAACCGCCUACGAUCACGCCUCGAACUCAACAGCAUACCCCGGUGUUGAUCGGGGCCAAUGCGGGAAACCCUCAGAUUUCAGAUAGAAUCUCUUUAUCUAGUGUCGCUCCAGUUGUCAGCGGUGAUGCAACGCCCAGCGGACUGAUGAGAUUCAAUCCGUACAAGAAACUGACCACCCUGACCGGUAAACUGGCUAGCAUACCGCAAAAUGUAAAUCCAGACGCGACCGAGAGCACGGACAAUGACUUGAUUUCGAAUCUCCUUGGGAUACGAGACAAGAGCUUUAUUGACCGGGUACUACAAGCGUCCGCCGACGAUGCCGCCAAGCUGCUAGGAGUGAAACGCAGCCAGGAAUAAAGCUGCAUCUUAUUUUUCAAACAUUUCACAUUUGUGCCUUAGGUUCCUCUCCUCGUCGUCUAAACCAGUGAGUUGAUCUACAUAUGUGGAACAGAGGUAUAUCUGAAAGGAGUCAUAGUUAGGUGUGCGAUCUUGAUGAAUCUUCACGAUAGUUUAUUGCAGAAGUGUUGCAACAGUUCAUGGAUGAAUGUUCAAUGUAUCAGUAACGGUUGCUAUAGCAACUCUUUGUUAAACGAUUGCGGACAAAGAGUUGUUGUAACAACUUUCUACCAAAGCAUUGGGUGUACAUGAACAUUCAUUGGAUGAUGUCAACAACACCGUAUUGAUCUGAAUAGGUAAUUGAUGAAGUUGUUGAUGUUCUUGUGCUUUAUUUAUUUCAUAUUUAUGUCCAAUUCUGUUUUAAUUAAGAAUCUUUGAAAUUCGAUCGUUUCGAUCUUGUUCAGAAUUCUCUUUGUCUUGGAUAUUUCGUACUAAUCUCAGUGACACAACAAUUCAACAAUGAACUCGUAUCAAUAAUGUUAUAUAUCAUUUUCAUGAAGUUCAUCAGGUUCUUCGAACGAGCUAGGGGAGGAACGCGUUAUAUAUUGAUUACAAAAGCGCAGAGCCACGUUUGCUUUUCUCCAUUUUCACUGUGAGAAUGAUCGUAGUUAGGGUCACUGUUCGUUCUCUACGUCGAUUACGUGCCUACCUUUCUCGGUUUUUUUUUUCUUUUCCCACACCAAGCGCCAGAGCGUACUCGCGUGUACCUCUUUGUAUUUACAUAUGUACAUACAUGUAGCCUUGCCAAUACAAGGAUGAGCGAAGACAAAGGGAAAACUAGCAUGCGAAUGCGCCCGUCGAGAACGGGAGAGCGUCACCAGGUAUCAAGUAUUAGCAGCGUUUAUUCGAUCGACGGCGCUCCCCGUUGAUCGAUCGGACCGUACUGAAACCCAAAGAUACAUUUUACACAACGAAUUAAGUUAGCCAUAUAUAAUACGUACUUCUAUUUAUUGUUUGUCACGGUAAUUAGAGAAAAGAACUUUCCCGUCGAACUGUAUUUUUGUUUUUUUUUCUUUGACGAGAAGGAAGUCUCGAAACGCGGAAUAAGCUGAAAGGAUUGACGAACGAUGAUAAGUUGCCGACCGAGUUUUCAACAGCUUGAACGGUAAUCAGUUGCAUCUGUUCUUUCGGUAAGCGUCGUGCAAAAUCGAAGAAGCGAUCGAUAAAAUACGCAAGUAGAGCAAUAUAGGAAGAAAAAGUUUAUCAUGACUAUUAUAUAUAUAUAAAUAUAGAUAUAUGUAAUCAUCGAUUUUUAUUCCGUCGCGUAAAGAUUACUGUAUAUAGAUAGUCUAAUUGAACACUUUUGGUAGGUGUUAAUGAGUUUUCCGAACAAGGAGACGAUAUUUAAAAUGCAAUUAUACCAAAUAAAUCGGCUUUGAUUUAGCCGGGCGUCGAAAUCGACAUCGAUCACUCGAUCGAUCUCGUGCAACGCGAUUCGAACCGACGCGGUAAAAAAGAUUUAUAUCUCCUAAUCGUGAUACUUUCCUUUUCAAUUUCUUCUUCUUUACGGUUAUUGUUUUUCCUCGUUCACCGUAUGAUCUCUCUUGCAUCACACGAGCACACGAAUGAUUUAACAAAUGUAUUUCUUCUACCUUUCGUCUUUGUCUCUUUAAAAGAAAAUCUCUUUCUGUCCCAUUUCUAUUUGCGUCUCUCUCUCUCUUUUUAAGCUCACUGUAUUUAUUCUUUUAUAGAAAGAACGACUUGGGUGAGUCGACGUGCGCUCAUCGGGAAGUCGAGGAUAAUUUGCUCGGGGUGCUUUCCGUUUCACUUUUAAAGUGCCGUCGAUAGUAUUUGAGGUCUCUCCUCGAUGUUGCGUUAUGCAUUUCCUGUGCAUAACAUAUUUAUUGCGAAUAAAUUACGUGUGUAUACUUUAUCCCGUUGGAAUCGGUGACAACGAUGUCGAAUAACUUCGUUUAAUCGAUACAGACGAUUCGAUGCGCGUCGAAAUCCGUUUCCACGAUUAAACGGGGUUGCUAGCGUUAACACCCCCUUUGUAAUAUUUAGGUUAGGAAAGUCAGAUAUAGUUAUACAUAUAUAAAGGCGGUUCGUCGUGUUUCUGUCGAAACUUGAACGUGUUCAAUGAAAAUUGUUGUUAAAUCCCCGAAUGUCAAAAAUAAUGCGAUUUAUUGCGAAUCGUGUAAACCGUACGCGUGUAAAUAUAGAGUUAGCGAUUACGCUCGAAGUUUAAGGUAUCGAUAUCGAAAAUUUGUACAUGUCUCUUGUGUCAACGGUGUAUUUAUUAUAAAUACCGAAACUGACCGUAACUUUAGGAAAAUCAAAACGUAUAUAAUUAGCUUUGUUCUUUGUACAAUUACACGGAAAACACCCCGUAGUGAUCAUUCGCUCUGAAUCGGUGUUUCUUUGCUGCGUGAAACAGGGUCGGAUCUAGAAGCAUUUUUGAAUCUUUUCUUGCACAAUUUGAAAGUAAAUAAUCAAGUUCACGUAUAAAUUAAUUUUUCGAAGAUUUCAUCGUUCUGGAUCCGUCGCUGUAAUGAAGAUAUUUUUCAAACGGAUUUCAAGGUCCAUAAGAGGUAGUCGUAUAUAUAUUAAGGGAACGUUUUCUUUCUCAUAAUUUUCUUCAACAGAAAGUUAGUUGUUAAUUUGGUCCGUAUACUACAAUAUUAAUAUCUUUGACUGUCUGGAUUAUUCCUUCCAGAUUCUUCGAAAGCGUUUAGGUAUGGAGUAUCGUAAUCAAUAAACCGUCGAAAUAAUCUUCAUCAUCUCAGAAAGAUGAAACGCUGUUUCAGAUCUUAUUCGAAUAUUUCCACGUCGAUGUGGCGCAAUGUGUCGGUUAAGUCUGCGUGAAAAAAAAAGCAUGGAACAUGUAAAUGAUAAAGAUCUAUUUAUUAAAGAGGCGAAAUAUGUUUGAAUCCUUGAAGUGUUUUUCUUGAUUUGUUUAAGAAGAAUUUAAGCUAUGGAGUAAUUAUUGUAGCGCACGUGUACAAGAUUAUGUUGUAUCCUUGUUUAAACUUGGCUAUGAAUAAGAAUAUAGCAUAUCAAAAUGACAAAUUAACGACUAAUUUUUCAAUUAUUUGAAAAAACGAAACGGGGAAAUAACGAUUAUACGCAAGCUCCUUUCCACGAUUUUAUUUCCUGUCAAAUACUAUAUAAUAUAUUUUACUAAUAGUAACGUCCAGUAAAUGAUAUCAAUUAAAGUAAUAAAUUAUUAAGAGCAACCAAGCAUAUAUUGCGCUAUUUACAUAUAAAUAUUACACAUUUCGCUAAACUGCGUUCUACAUUAAAAACGCUAUCGACAAAAUAGCGUUGAAUGCCGAUAUAAGAAAGACUUGCUUACAUUUUAUAUUUAAUUCAUUUUUUUUUUUUCUUUUCUUUUCUUUUCUUCCUCAACUUUUGCACUUUCGCUUUGGGAUACAUAUUGUCAAGGAUAAAACCUUACGGUCCCAUUGUUCAUUUCAACAUCCGUUAAUGACACUUCUUUGUUCUUUCACGAUUAUACAAACGUGUGCGUUUAACGAGAGACACUUAACUAUUAGAUGAUCAAACAACACCGACUCGCUCGUAUGGAGCGUCCUAUUAAAGAUUUCAAUCAUAAACGUUCAAAGUAGCAACGAGUAUCCACUAUUCCGAUGCGUUAAAACAUCCUCAUAAUAUAUCUUCCUUAAUCGCUUCGUGAGUUACAAACAUUUUUAUAUAGAAGACUUGGUCAUGUAUCGAGAAAAACACUAAGAGUAUAGACACUGACGUAACUAAGAUUUUUCUCCAGCUCAUUCCGCUUUCCGCUUAGUUACGCCAAUGAUUAAAAAUGAUUAAUAAAAUACAUUCGAACAUAAGACAUUAACUCACGCUCUUCUCUGAACUUUCUCGUGAUCGACGCGUCGCUACUAUAAAAUCUUCCUGUUAACACGUUAAAAACGAUCCUAAACAAAUCAUCUUAAGUACUUAAUGUUAGCGUAUCGUAGUAGGGGGAAAAAAUAUGGGGCAUGCAAUAUAUGUGUAUGCUUAGAAAUAUGAUACACAUUAAUCCCUUUCGGAAUAAGAACUACGUAUAAGUAAUGAAAAAGCGGACAAAACAUGGAAGCGAUUAUGAAAGUACUACUACACAUAUGUAUGUACACGUAUUGCAACGCUUUCUGACUUGACGAUAAAAGCAAUUUACCGGUUGAUAAACUUAUCUUACGUUUCAA